ACCAUAUUAACCAGUGAUACCAUAAUACAUAAUAACUAUAGUAUGACGGAGGAGAUAAGAUUGAAUUCGUCUAAGCUUGGGACAAAGGAAUACUGGAAUCAAUUCUAUCAAGUAGAAAAGAAGAACUUUGAAACUAAUGAAGAUGACACAGGAGAAUGUUGGUUUGAUGAUUCUGAUGCUGAAUCAAAAAUGAUAUCUUUUAUAAUAGAUAAGUUAAAUGAUCAAGAAUUCCCCUUUCAUGAUGAACAAAUUAAAUUUCUUGAUCUUGGAACAGGUAAUGGACAUUUAUUAUUUCAAUUAAAUGAAGAUCUCGAAGAAGAAUAUGAUGGAAGUGAAAAAUUUAUAUUUACAGGUAUUGAUUAUUCACCUGAUUCAGUAGAAUUUGCAGCAAAUAUUGCUAAAAGAAAAUAUGAAGAUAUUGAAUUUAAAUUUGAACAACUGGAUUUAUUAAAAUCUAAUGAUCCAUUUAUUAUAAAGGGAAUUAAAUAUAAUAUUUUACUUGAUAAGGGGACAUUAGAUGCUAUAGCAUUAAAUCAAGAUCCUAUAGAAGAAUUUAAUGGGAAAAUUGGUAUGGAAGUUUAUGCAUCCCAAAUUGAAAGAUUAAUGAAUAAAGAUUCUGUAUUACUUAUUACUUCAUGUAAUUUUACUGAAUCAGAAUUAAUAACUAUUAUUGAAAACAAUUCUAAUUUAAAAGUAUGGGAUAAAAUAAAUUAUCCAAGUUUUGAAUUCGGAGGAAUUAAGGGGUCUACAGUUUGUAGUAUUGCAUUUACAAUCCAAUAAUUAUAUAUUAUUAUGAAUGUACGAACCAACUAAAUAGAUUGAUACUUAUUAUUAUUAUAAUUAUUAUUAUUAUAAAUCUUUCUUCAAUUCUUCUGCUUUAUCUAUUAAACCGUCUCUAACAUUUUGAUU